AUGUCUCAAUCAAAUCUUAAAGUAUCUGCUAAUUUUAAAAAAAAUUCAAGAUUAGUACCAGAGUUCAAAAUAAAUGAACAAAGGGUAGAAUUACCAAGGUUUAAAGUAAUUGAACCAGUAAUAGUAAUUGAAACAGGAGCAGAAUUGCUGGUAGCAACAGUACCAAGAUUUGAAAUAAUUGAAUUAGCAGCAACAUCACCAGUAGCAAUAUUAUCAGUAACAGUAGUAAAAGUAGAAACAACAAUAUCAAGAUCUACAAGUAAAAGGAGAAGAACUAAAGUAGGAAGUAUAAGACAAUAUUCUGAUGAUAAUAUUCAAUAA